UGUGCGAGCCGGAGCGAGAGCCGGGGCUCGCUCCGGGAAGCCGCCGCUGCCGCUCCUGGGCGAUGCUGGCCGGGCAGGGAGCGCCGCUCCGCCGCCUCCGCCCGCCCGCGCCCGCCCCGGUGCGGCGCCGCGGCCGGGAUGCUCCGGGCACCGCGCGGCGCUGAGCUCCGAGCAGCCUUCGCCUCUCCGGGCUGCGUGACAGACAGGAGCUUGUCACGCCGCCGUGCCCUGCCUGAACCGCUCCCCGGUGGGUGUGCACGGCCCCACGCCCCCGCCCCUGCCGAGCCCUCCCAAGCUCAGCCCCCGGCAAUGUGCAGCGCUCUCUUCUCGCCUUCCUGGAAGGGCUCAACUGCACUUUCAGCUCCUCCAGACUUUCUCUGCUUUUGCCGUACCCUCCCUCUGGUCCAGCUCCUCCUGUGCCUGCCUCUCUGUGUCGGCGCUAUCCCGUUAAAAGGCUGCUGCUCCUGCUCCGCCGAACCAGUGCUCGGGCUGGCUUGAUCUGGGAUGAAGGCUGGAGGUUAUCGGCGAGGGAAAGGAGAACUCUAGGCAGCUUUCCAUUUGCAAAGUGAGCAGUAAUUGCAAGAAGACAGCCUCCCCAGCUGGAAUCAAUAGUCUGCUUUCUUGCUGCUAAGGGCACUUUGGAGCAGCAGUAGGUCACUGAAGUAACUUCAGCACACUGCUGACUGCGGAGUUGUAAAGAACUACAUGCAAGUGGCUGCAGUAGUGCUGGGAAACGCUUUGCUGUUACCAGGGACACAAUAGUUUUCAAGUCAUUAGAGCUUCGAUUCUGGUCAGCUCCUUUCAUUACACAGAAAGGGUCAUUCUUUGGAGGAAUGAGGAUGGAGAUGUGAAUUUUUCUUUUCCAGUGUUCCAGUGUCCCCUUCUAGUGGAAGGGGGUAAGAGUGGGGGAAAAGAAGCUUUUAGAAACAAACCCCCACUGCUGCUGAACUCAGCUUCACUUGAAUUUCCCCAAACCUUUCCAGGCACAGAGAGGCACAAUGCCAGAGAACCUGAAUCUUCUUCGGGCUUUUGGGGGUUUUUUCUUUAUCUUCUGGACAGCUUUUAACACAGCCUUAGUGGAUGUGGUUGGAUCGGAGCAGCAGAUCCCCCUGUCAGUUGUAAAGCUCUGGGCCUCAGCAUUUGGUGGAGAGAUCAAAUCUAUUGCAGCCAAAUACUCAGGUUCCCAGCUCCUACAGAAGAAAUACAAAGAAUAUGAGAAGGAUGUUGCAAUAGAAGAAAUUGAUGGCCUUCAGCUUGUGAAAAAGUUAGCAAAGAAUAUGGAAGAAAUGUUCCAUAAGAAGUCUGAAGCCGUACGGCGUCUUGUUGAAGCUGCAGAAGAUGCUUACCUGAAACAUGAAUUUGAUGCUGACUUACAGUAUGAAUACUUCAAUGCUGUGCUCAUAAAUGAACGAGAUGAAGAAGGAAAUUAUCUGGAGCUGGGCAAGGAGUUCAUACUGGUGCCAAACGACCACUUCAACAACUUGCCUGUGAACAUCAGUCUGAGUGACGUCCAAGUACCCACCAACAUGUACAACAAGGAUCCAGCCAUUGUAAAUGGAGUUUAUUGGUCAGAAUCUUUAAAUAAGGUGUUUGUUGAUAACUUUGAUCGUGACCCUUCUCUCAUCUGGCAGUACUUUGGAAGUGCAAAGGGAUUUUUCAGGCAAUAUCCAGGAAUUAAAUGGGAACCUGAUGAGAAUGGAGUCAUUGCAUUUGACUGCAGAAACAGAAAGUGGUACAUCCAGGCAGCAACUUCUCCAAAAGAUGUGGUAAUUUUAGUGGAUGUCAGUGGCAGUAUGAAAGGACUUCGCCUGACUAUUGCAAAACAGACAGUUUCAUCUAUUUUGGAUACCCUUGGAGAUGAUGACUUCUUCAAUAUAAUUGCUUAUAAUGAAGAACUCCACUAUGUAGAGCCGUGUCUGAAUGGAACAUUAGUUCAAGCAGACAGAGCCAACAAAGAGCAUUUCAGGGAACACCUUGACAAACUUUUUGCAAAAGGAAUUGGAAUGCUGGACAUUGCUUUGAAUGAAGCUUUCAACAUGCUCAAUGAAUUCAAUCACACAGGACAAGGAAGCAUUUGCAGCCAAGCCAUAAUGCUGAUCACUGAUGGAGCUGUGGAUACAUAUGAUACCAUCUUUGCAAAAUACAACUGGCCAGACAGAAAAGUCCGUAUUUUUACCUAUCUGAUUGGAAGAGAAGCUGCAUUUGCUGAUAACCUGAAGUGGAUGGCCUGUGCUAACAAAGGGUUUUUUACUCAGAUCUCUACCCUGGCUGACGUGCAGGAGAACGUUAUGGAAUAUCUGCAUGUUCUCAGCCGACCAAAGGUCAUUGACCAGGAGCACGAUGUCGUGUGGACUGAGGCAUACAUUGACAGCACUCUCCCUCAGGCACAAAAGCUUGCUGAUGAUCAGGGAUUGGUGUUGAUGACAACGGUUGCCAUGCCAGUAUUUAGUAAGCAAAAUGAGACUAGGUCUAAAGGGAUUCUCCUGGGAGUAGUUGGCACAGAUGUUCCAGUUAAAGAGCUUUUAAAAACUAUUCCAAAAUACAAGUUAGGAAUUCAUGGAUAUGCUUUUGCAAUUACAAACAAUGGAUAUAUUUUGACUCACCCAGAACUCAGGCCUUUGUAUGAAGAGGGGAAGAAACGAAGAAAGCCUAACUACAGCAGUGUGGAUCUUUCUGAGGUGGAGUGGGAAGACAGAGAUGAUGUGCUUCGAAAUGCAAUGGUGAACCGGAAAACAGGAAAAUUCUCCAUGGAAGUGAAGAAGACAGUGGACAAAGGGAAGCGGGUCCUGGUGAUGACAAAUGACUACUAUUAUACAGACAUCAAGGGUACUCCGUUCAGUUUAGGUGUGGCUCUCUCUAGAGGACAUGGAAAAUACUUCUUCAGAGGGAAUGUAACUGUAGAAGAAGGUUUACAUGAUUUAGAACACCCUGAUGUAUCUUUAGCAGACGAAUGGUCCUACUGCAACACUGACCUGCACCCCGAGCACCGGCAGAUGACUCAGUUGGAAGCAAUCAAACGCUACCUCACAGGGAAGGAGCCCCUGCUCCAAUGUGAUAAAGAAUUGAUCCAGGAAGUUUUGUUUGAUGCUGUUGUGAGUGCACCAAUUGAAGCUUAUUGGACCAGUCUAGCAUUGAAUAAAUCAGAGAACUCUGACAAGGGGGUGGAAGUUGCUUUCCUUGGGACACGGACUGGACUCUCUCGGAUUAACCUCUUUGUGGGCCCAGAGCAGCUGACCAACCAAGACUUCCUGACAGCUGAAGAUAAGGAGAACAUUUUUAAUGCUGACCAUUUUCCACUCUGGUACAGAAGAGCUGCUGAACAAAUACCUGGGAGCUUUGUCUACUCAAUCCCAUUCAGCACAGAAACUGCCAACAAGAGCAAUGUGGUGACAGCCAGUACUGCUAUUCAGCUUCUGGAUGACAGGAAAUCUCCAGUGGUUGCAGCUGUAGGUAUCCAGAUGAAACUUGAAUUUUUUCAGCGGAAAUUCUGGACUGCAAGCAGACAGUGUGCAUCUCUUGAUGGCAGAUGUGCUAUAAGUUGUGAUGAUGAAACAAUCAACUGUUACCUAAUAGAUAACAAUGGAUUUAUUUUAGUGUCUGAAGACUAUCAACAGACUGGUUACUUUUUUGGGGAGGUUGAAGGGGCUGUCAUGAACAAGUUACUAACAAUGGGCUCUUUUAAGAGAAUUACACUUUAUGACUACCAGGCCAUGUGUAGGACAAACAAAGAGAGUAGCGACAGUGCCCAUAGCUUACUGGACCCUUAUAAUGCCUUCUUUGCUGCAGUAAAGUGGAUUAUGACUGAACUUGUCUUGUUCCUUGUGGAAUUUAAUCUAUGCAGUUGGUGGCACUCUGAUCUAACAGCUAAAGCGCAGAGGUUGAAACAAACCCUGGAGCCCUGUGACACAGAGUAUCCAGCCUUUGUUUCCGAGCGCACUAUAAAGGAGACCACGGGGAAUAUUGCUUGCGAUGACUGUUUCAAGUCUUUUGUUAUCCAGCAGAUCCCAAGUAGCAACCUCUUCAUGGUGGUAGUAGAUAAUGAAUGCUUCUGUGAUUCUAUCCCACCAAUUACCAUGGCACCUAUAGAAAUAAGAUAUAAUGAAUCCCUUAAAUGUGAACGGUUAAAAUCUCAGAAGAUAAGAAGACGCCCAGAAUCUUGUCAUGGAUUUCACCCUGAAGAAAAUGCAAGAGAAUGUGGCGGUGUCUCAGGCCUUAGUGCUAAACCUUCUCUUGUUCUUCUUCCUCUGCUAUUGAUGAUUUUCUCCAGGUGACAUUGACUGAUGUGUUCAACUGGCAUGCUAAAACAUGGAUAAACUGUGAACUGGGAAAUGGUGCAACAUAGAGGACAUGAAAUAUAGUCAGAGCAUCAGCAUUUCAUGAUUUUAAACUGUUGGUGAUAUAAAUUCUUAAAGAUAUGUUGAAAAAAGAUUUAUCUUUUUACUUUGCAAGUCGUGCAGAUGUGAAUUUGGCAUAUGGCAGUCAUGAUUCAUCAAAAAAGGACUUGGUAGAUAGAGGUGACCAUUGCUUUGUCCCAUUGAAAACAAUUUAAACUGUGUACUUUUUUCAAUAAAGUAUAUUAAAAUCACA